AUGGGGAAGCUCAAGGCUGACAGUGCAAUGGUGAUGGUGGCACACCCUGGGGUUAUGCUGAGGUCGGAGGUGCAGCCGGCGUCGAAGUCGGAGUCGAAGACCGAAGAUGUAUCAGCAGAGGAGCGAUCCCCCGCUUUUUUACUUCUUUCUCUCUUUCCUAAGAAUUUGGAAGAUAUCUCGAGAAAAGGUUUUAGCACCGGUCUCUCAUAUAUGUACUCCAGUUUAUCCGAAGUAUCCCAAUGGUGUAAGACCGUCGACUAUUUGGGAAAAAGGAGGAAAAUCACUCUGAUCUCUGAUUUCGGAGAAAUAAGUGGCUCACGAGGAAUGGAGAGACAGAUUCUCUAUUUGAUCUCGAAGUCCUCAUAUAACACUUCUUCCAAUCGGAUCACUUGUUGGAAAAACAUAAUGCUCACACAUGUUCCACACGGGCAAGGACCACUCAGAAUGGUAUAAGUUAUAAUAAGGCCU